GUUAACAGUAAUCCUGUAAUCACAUCAUGGCGGCGAGUGGGAAGAAGGAGCAUGUGGUGUGCGUGACAGGAGGCUCUGGCUUCCUCGGCUCGACAUGCAUCAAAGUCCUCCUCGAGAGAGGUUACCGCGUCCAUUCGACUGUGCGGGACCCCCGCAACGAACCGAAGGUCGCGCACUUGAAAGCGUUACCUGGGGCCGCCGAACGCUUGACCUUGUUUCCUUCAGGAGGGAUCAUUCGACAAGGCGAUCCAUGGGGCUGAAGUGGUGCUGCACACAGCGUCCCCAUUCUUCUUGACGGACCAAACACGAGACAACCUGGUGGAACCCGCUGUCCAAGGCACGUUGAAUGUGUUGCGGUCCGUCGCCCGUGCCCCUAGCGUAAGACGCGUAGUGCUCACGUCGUCGACGAUUUCUGUGUACGGGCACUGCGGCACCAAGCCCGACAGCCACGUCUUCACGGAAGCCGACUGGAGUCGCGAGGAUCUCAUGACAGAGCGGAAGAUGUGGUACGGCCUGAGCAAGACCGUAGCGGAGCGUGAAGCAUGGGAGUUCAUGCAGACAACUUCGCCGCAUUUUGACUUGGUCGCGAUGUGUCCGACGUGGAUUCUCGGACCUAUGUUGCAGCCUGCAUUGAAUGAAAGCAACAAGAAGAUCUACGACUACAUGGUCGGCAACACGCCGGUGAUUCUUAAUGCUGUCAAGGCCUUGGUGGAUGUUCGAGAUGUGGCGAUGGCGCAUAUUGCUGCAUUUGAGAACCCUCAAGCGUCGGGAAGGUACUUGCUUAUAGGCGCCUGUCCCACCGAGCACGAGAUUGCCGACGCCGUCCAGCAAGCGUGUCCGUCCGCUCGUGUCCCAGAGGCGUCCACAGAUAGUUCCCCCGCUGUGCCCUUGUUGUAUGACUGCAGCAAGGCCGAGCAGGAACUGGGGAUUCGGUUUCGUUCGCUAACCGACAUGGUGCAAGAAACAUGCGACUCAUUGCAACAUCAUGGACUCGUAAAGUUGUAAUGCAAUGACAUGAUGGUAUUUGCUCGUGCUGUUGGACCUGUCGAUGUACACAAGCACGGUUCGGUCUAUACCGGUAGUUGACACGUGCAGUCCGUGA